GACGAACUCAACCAACACUGAGGGACGGUAGGGCUCGCAGUCAAAGUUACACCGAAUUAAGCCACCCAGCUCAAGGACUUUUUCCUUUUGUGCACCGAAGACCUCCUCACAUCUGGUGCAGGCCCCUAAAGUCCUGUCGCUUUAAGGAUUGGUCGCCCUCUUAUCAUGAACCAUAAUUGAAGGCAGGUAAGUGCAAGACGUAAGGCGGCGCGCAAAUCCAUCGAUUGGAUAAAAUAGUCCUCAGCAGUUACGCCAGAUCGAAUUUGGGGAUUCGUUCGCCUGAACCCCGCCACGCCAGGCAGCUGCCACCUUAGGGCGGACCGCCGCUGUCAUAUAAGCAUCUGGUCUCGAUCUUUUUUUUUUUUUUUUAUUUUUUUUAUUCUGUGGCAAACCCAAACUUGCAGGGAGAUAGAUGCGUAUCCAUCAACUUCUACAGCCUCUCUAUUCGAUCGCUUGAUGAAGCAACUAUCAAAGCACUGCGGCAGUUUGCGUCUUACCGUCCUCGCGCAAUCAAGUCGUGCGACUGGAAGCACGCUUGGGGUGGCACGCUGCGUCCCCACUAAUUCAAUCUUUAUGCUCACCUAGUCCAAAUCACAAUGGACGAGAUGGACGCUCUACAGAACGAUAUAGAUCUCCAGCUGGCUGUGAUCGCUUCUCUUGAGGAUGACAACUCUAUGGGAUCCAUCUCAGCGGACCCCGAGGAAAUCCAGAAAGCAAAGGACCGGCUUCGUGAACUCCAGAAUCAGCGGUCUUUCAUGCAGCGAAACCAGGGCUCAUCAUCUCGACAUGUCAAGCCAGAACCGGAAACGUCGCAAAGCCCUGCAAGGUGGGCGCCUACCGCUUCCGGCUCAACUUCUUUCCAGGCCAAGACAGAGGCGGAACCAUCUCAACAUUUCUCUCAGCCAUCUCAUGUCUCUAACUAUGUUUCUCCAUAUACCAAGAGAGAACCCGAACCAUCCAUAAACACUACAUCGCAAACUCGGCAGACAGUAUCAUCAGCGCUUACGCCAGAGAUUGACGCCAUAAUCUAUCGAUUUGACAAACGAGUCUUGGAAUUAUCAAGGAAAAUUCAGUCUCUAGUUAAGAACUUACAUCGCCUUGGUGGCCCGGUGGCAGAAGUCAAAGAACAUGUUGAUUGCAUCGAUGAAGAUUUUGAGGACGAAGUUAACCUGACUGAAGCUAUCGUUCGAUCUCUUCUUGCGCCCAAUGCAAGCUUCGAUGAUGUGAGCGACCGCAUGUCUAAAACUAAGGAAAGAUAUUUCUUAUCCAAGAGGGCUGCUGAGCAAAGUUUUGCUACUGCAAAUGGAGUUGGCAGCGGCUCAUAUGCCUCGACUUUAAACCCGGCUUCGCCUCCGAAAUUAUUCGUACCUGAGAAUGGCAGCCAUGGAUACGGCUCGCAUAGCUCUGGAGUCGAUAAUAACCGUAAGCGGACUUAUAGUACGCUUGUGAAUGGCCAUGCGCACUUGAAGACGGAGCCGGUUGAGGGAACUUCCAAGUCUCAGCGAACUGGGAGGAUGACAACGCCAACGCGUGAUCUUAAUGACGCUUUCGCGACGCCCUCAAAAACGAAUCGUGGCCAAAAUUCAGAUGUCAUCGACCUUACUGGGGACGAUGACGAGAUAUAUGCCACCAUCCAAAAGCAUGUGCAGAAAAGCGCCCAGUCUGCGAACCACUCACGCGCCUUUCACAAUCCGUAUCAACGCUAUGAUCCAGUAAACAAUUCGCCAUACAGCCAGACUCAACUAGUUAGUAGACCUGCUCCGAGUGCCUCUUCCACUAGGCAUGUCUUGCCAACGCAGCAACGGAUGCCGGGGGGUUAUGUCAGCUCCGAUUCCGAAGACGAAUUUCGUCGCAUGAAUAACCUGCCUCCCCGGUCCUCGACCCGUCAGCAGCCAGGCCGGCCGUCUCGAAACAUGGGAUCCUCCCCGCCCUGGACCAAUCAACCUAACCCGUUCGGCAGUUCAGCGAUCCCCUCUGCUGCCCAGGCGAUACCAAGCAUCUCUAGAGGAGUUGCCAACAUGCAUCGCCCUGGAACUUUGCAGGGCGGGCUUUUCAACCCCUGGAGUUCGGCAUCGACGAUGGUUUCGUCUGCGUUCAGCGGCCUUGGAAAUCUCAUUAACCAGACGAAUAAUUUCGAUUACCUCAACCUCAGGGACAGCAAGGGUAACCCACUCCCAUCACGUUUGGCCAAUUUUUUGGACUCGGACGAUGAUUAUAACGGAACGAUUCCUCCAUACUACAGUCCGGCAGACGACUAUCGCAAAAAAGAGGAGCAGGCCAUCAGGGACAUGCUGGCGUCCAUUCGACCGGACGAGGAUCUUGCUAAAGGCGAGGUGGAUGAGACGCCCGAAGCGAUGAAGUUCCCCCUAUUCCCGCAUCAACAGCUAGCGUUGAAGUGGAUGAAGAACAUGGAGAUGGAUGAGCUCAAAAAGGGUGGCUUGCUUGCUGAUGACAUGGGCCUGGGCAAGACUGUGUCAACACUUUCGCUCAUGGUGUCGCGUCCAAGUCCAGACUCAGACGUGAAGACCAAUCUCAUAAUUGGUCCGGUGGCUCUUAUCAAGCAAUGGGAGGCUGAAAUUGCCAACAAACUGAAGCCGGACCAAGGGAUGAGCGUCUAUCUUCUUCACGGCGCCCAUAAAAAGCCAUACUCAGAACUUCGAAAGUUCGAUGUAGUCAUGACUACUUAUGGCACCCUUGCCUCCGAGUUUAAACGCAUGGAGCUGUACAAGCUUCAAUUCAAGAAGACGCCUGAAGAGUACGCAGAAGACAUACAACUGCAAAAGAAGUGUCCCCUGCUACAUUCCAAGUCUCGGUUUUGGCGGAUUAUCCUAGACGAAGCUCAGUGUGUGAAAAACGAGAACACACAAGCAGCGAAGGCCGUGUCUGUACUCCGAAGCGAGCAUCGGUGGUGCUUGACAGGAACCCCGAUGAUGAAUGGAGCCCACGAGCUCUUUUCGCUGAUUAGAUUCCUAAGAAUUGCACCCUAUAAUUCGGCAACUGCUUUCAAAUCGGCUUUUGGUUGCCUCACGCCGAAGGGAGCUACAAAUCGUAGCAUGGCCUCGCGCACGGCAAAGGCCAUCAAGCAACUUCAAGUUGUUCUAAAAGCCAUAAUGCUGAGACGUGAAAAGACAUCCAAGAUCAAUGGAAAACCUAUCCUAGAACUGCCACCAAAGUUUGAAGAGGUCGUUCAUGUCGUGUUCUCCGAGGACGAGGCGAGCUUUUACAGGGACCUUGAGACAAGCUCGCAAAACCAGAUCAACAAAUAUAUCAGACGCGGAACCCUUCGCAAGAACUACGCCCAUGCGCUGGUGCUACUCCUGAGACUAAGACAGGCGGCUUGCCAUCCCCAGCUCAAUACUGACGUGGAGUAUACCGGGGAUCCCGAGGUUUCCGAGGAGCAUCUGCUGGGGCUGGCAAAGUCAAUGUCGAGCGACGUCGUUCGCAGACUGAAAGAAGUCGAAGCCUUCAGUUGCCCCAUCUGUAUGGAUGCUGUUGAGGAUCCGGCUAUCGUACUUCCUUGCGGUCAUGCACUAUGUCGCGAGUGCCUUACCCAAUGGAUUAGCAAUUCGGAACUAAGGUCAGGAGACAACAACAGCGCGAAAUGCCCUGAGUGUCGUGGCCAGAUUGACUCCAAGAAGGUCGUUAACUACGGUACCUUCAAGCAAAUACACAUGCCUGAGCUCAUGGAGACAAACUCCCAGGAAGACGAUGAAGAGUCAGAAGAGGGAUUCGACUCGGACUCUGAUACAGCAGGGUCUGAAACAGAGUCUGGAGAUGAAGUUGACGACAAUGGCGACCUAAAGGAUUUCAUUGUCGGUGACAGUGAUCAAGGCUCCGAUACUGAGUCUUUGCCAUCUCAGCCUAAGCCCUCAAAGGGCAAGGGCAAAGCACCCAUGGUCAUGGAUUCGGAUGAUGAAGAACUCUCACCUGCUGAGAGACCUGCCAAGAAGAGGAAGUCUAAGAUUCAAGCCAAGGCUAAGAAGUCGGACGGGGCAUCGAAGAAGAAGAAAAGGGCCAAGGAGGAGGUGAAGCCUCACCAGCUGGCUGAGCUACGCAAGGAUGCCAAGCGCAAUAAAGCCUCUCGCAAGCGAUACUUUGACUACUUGGACGACAACUGGAUCACAUCAGCCAAGAUCAGCAAGUGCACUCAGCUGCUUAGCGAAAUCCGCCAGAAGGGAGAAAAAACUUUGAUCUUCUCGGUCUUCACCAGCCUGCUCGACCUGCUCGAGGUAGGAAUCCGCCAUGACCUCGGGCUUCGGGUGUGUCGCUACGACGGCAGCCUUGGUCGUGACGCACGCGACAAGGCUGUGCAAGAUUUCCAAUUCAAUCCCAACGCGACCAUCAUGCUGGUCUCGCUGCGGGCUGGCAAUGCUGGUCUCAACUUGACGGCAGCAUCACAAGUCAUCAUCAUGGAUCCGUUCUGGAACCCGUACAUUGAGAUGCAGGCAGUUGACCGGGCGCACCGGAUGGGCCAGCUGCGUUCGGUACAUGUCCAGCGUCUUGUUGUUAAGGAAACAGUUGAGGACCGCAUCAUCAAGUUGCAGGAGCAAAAGCGCACUCUCGUCGAGGCGGCACUGAACGGUGACGAGGCCAAAAACUUGGCGAGACUUAGUGACCAAGAGCUUGGAUAUCUCUUUGGUCUCAAUCAGCAAUCCGGUGGCGGUGGACGUUAAAAUUUGCAUGUUUGCUAGCGAGCAAAACACAGACGAGACUGCGAAUCUUCCCUUGAGAAGGAUUGCGGGUCUUUGGUCCGCAUGUGAUUGCAUUUUAUACGAUACAUUUCAUUUGUUUCUCCUUUUGCAAAGGCGCUUGGGCCACGUUUAUGAAGGGUGGAAUGGCGAGAUCAAUUUUCUUUAGCAGCUAUCUCCGAGAAACGACCCCUCACUGAUAUUCAUGAUUUGGCUGGCUUUGAUCUAUACAUUUACUUGCACAUUGAACAGUACUUGGAGACAUGUGCCGAGGUCAGCGAGCAGGGUUGUAGUGCACAAGUGGAGGGAGCCUUGAAUACCCUGGAGACAUCCCUGACUAUUCCUUCACGCCCAAUUCUCUCACAGUGACUGGUCAUCGAACCAGUGCACCAGAGCGAUUUCGCAGUUUUGUUGUCAUCAUAUUAUAGCAUUAUGGGGCAACCCAUCAAAUACAAACAUAGCUGUCUAAUCUCAAAAAUAAGCUCUAAACUUUGACAGGCAGAUCAAGUUGUUGAAAACACUUCGAGCCCA